CCGCGGCGUGGGUGCCAUGCUGUCGGCAGCUUUCACAUCAAGAAUGGGUGUCCCCAGGGCAGGUGCGCAUUCUGCUCCGGGAGGAGGGAGCCUAGGGCCUUACGUCUGCGUCAGGAUCAGGCCGACCUCGCGCCCGUGACCCCGCAGCGCACCCGCCUCACCCCGUUUCACAAUCCAGGCCCGGGCACCACGUGCCGGGUCCGCGUUUGCGCUCUAGUUAAGGGCUUUGUCACUUUCCCACUGUAUUGCCACCCAGGGAGAGAUGACAUCGCUUCGGACCUCACUUUGGACAUACGAGGACAAGUGGGUGACCACGUAUCAUAUGGAGCGAACUUUCUCCGACACCCGCUAACCUGCCACCUUUAAAACUAAAAAAUAUGGAAGCACACAAAUAUAAUAAACAAAACGCGCGCGCGAGGACGAGCACAUAGAUAAGUGGAACCAGUACAAGGGCGUAGCCAGUGCCAGGAAGGUGGCUUCACGCUCACCGGUCGCCAGCGCACCCUAAACCUUCUGGGCACCCGCCCGCUACUCCGCACCUCGCUGUGCAGCCAACGCUGCUGUCGGCUGCGGGGGUCGGCUAUCGGGGAAGCAGAUUUGGUAGCUGGAAUACCUUGGGGGAUCCAGCUGGGGAAGGGCCGACCCGCCCCCCUCCCCCAACGCAAAGUCCUCCCGGCACUGCGUCGGCCCCGUGCCCUCCAGCGCUGGUCCCGCACCUGUCUGCGGCGCAAGCAGGAGGCGACUCCGGAAGCGCGCGUCGGGGGCGGAGGCGCCCACCUCUGCCGCUCCCGGCCCUUUAAGGCCGCUGGUUUCCGUGGCGGGCUCGGGGCGGGGACAGCGCAGCGCGCGCCACGCGGGCGCCUCCCCGGAGCCGUUUAAGGGAGCAGAGAGUAGGAGCAGUAGAAAUGGCCCUAGUGCCCUAUGAGGAGACCGCGCUAAUGGGGUUGCAGAAAUUCCACAAGCCUCUUGCCACCUUCUCCUUUGCAAACCACACUAUCCAGAUCCGGCAGGACUGGAGGCAACUGGGAGUUGCAGCUGUGGUUUGGGAUGCGGCCGUUGUUCUUUCCACGUACCUGGAGAUGGGAGCUGUGGAGCUCAGGGGCUGCUCUGCCGUGGAGCUGGGUGCUGGCACAGGGCUGGUGGGCAUAGUGGCUGCCCUGCUGGGUGCUCAUGUGACUAUCACGGAUCGAAAGGUAGCUUUAGAAUUUCUUAAAUCAAAUGUUCAAGCCAACUUACCUCUUCAUAUCCAAUCCAAAGCUGUUGUUAAGGAGCUGACUUGGGGACAAAAUAUGGAGAGUUUUUCACCUGGAGAAUUUGACCUGAUACUUGGAGCUGAUAUCAUAUACUUAGAAGAAACGUUCACAGAUCUUCUUCAAACUUUGGAACAUCUCUCUAGCAACCAGUCUGUGAUUCUUUUAGCUUGCCGAAUUCGCUAUGAACGGGAUAACAACUUCUUAGCGAUGCUGGAGAGGCAAUUUACUGUGAGUAAGGUUCACUAUGAUCCUGAAAAAGAUGUACAUAUUUUCAAAGCACAGAAGAGAAACCAGAGGGAGGGCUUAUAGUUGGCUGUAAUUAGUAAGAAUGUUGUCAUUACGUGUGUCAAUUAAGGCCUUAAACUGAGAAUCUAACCAUACUUAAUGAAAUGGCUUUCGGUAUAAAAAGUUUAACCAGGGGGUUCAAGGGACAAAGCACAUGUGUAGAUUUAAAACAAAGCAGCACUUUGUCCCAUUGUCGUGACUUUUUAGUCAUAUUUUACUCUCUCUCAAACUCAAUUAAGAUUAAAGAGAAGCGUGAGCUUUUUGUUUAUGUUGUUUCUGUAUCCUGUACUGCUCGCUCGCUCUUGAAAAUCAGUUUUCACUGAUGAUAUGAUGAAGGACUAGUUGGUAUAAGGGUAUAUUCAAAGCAGUGAGCUUGUUUUCUUUGGUGAGAGGCUAAGUCAUGCAAAUUAUUUUAAACACAUUCUAAGAUAUAUUUUUAGCUCAUUUUUUCUGAUUUUUAAAAUAUGAAAUGAGGUUUAAUGUACAUCCCUGAGCUGUUAAUGCUCUUGAAAUCUUUUGUCUACCCAUUUAGUUCUUGAAUGCUUUUGUUUGAGAUUAGGAUGUGAGUUUUUUAAGGUAUCGUGUUUUUGGGCUUAAUUUCAGAUUUAGGUAUAUAAACAAAGGAAUAAGUAAAAAUAAAGUUUUAGUUACUUUUCGAAAGCAUCUAAAAUCUUAGAUCUCCAUUUGCUAUGAAUAUAGGUUAUCUUUCAAAUUAAAAGCUGUGGUUUUCCCCUUCAGCUUUCCCUUUUCUCAAGUGUUAUUUUUGUAUUUCUUAGGCUUUCACUUCAUGAGAGGUUAGCUCCCCAAGUAUAAGCUUCUUCCAUAUUGUACUUAUAACUGCUUAUUCAGUGUUUGAAUUCCCUAAAAGACUGUAAGCUUCCUGAGGGCCAGGAAUGCUUCUGCCUCUUUCAUUUUCGCCUCCCCAGUAUCUAGUAUAUCAUAACUAAGUAUUUGUUGAAUGAAAAAGAUACAUUCCAUUUAGAGGUUAUUGACCUUUGGGUUAAAUAGUGGUUACAUUGUUUCAUGAUUAUUUUUGAUAGACUUUAUGAAUGAAGUCACACACACCCACAGCCCCUCCCCACACCUUUUUUCUUUUCCCACAAUAAAAAAGCUUCAACAGCUUAAACAAAUUUAGACCACAAGAAUAUUAUAAUCUCAGUAUGGUAUUUGAUACUAGAGAUAGAUUUCCUUUGUAAAAUAUUAGAAACAAGACCUCCCCUUCCCUUUUAGCCUUCUAAUGAAUAUCUUAGAUGUGAAAAUAUCCACUGCAUUAUUUUCUACACAUAUUUUACAUAGAUUUACUUUAGUCAAGGUAAAUUAAAAGUUCUGAGCGUUUUCUGAUAAAUUCACAUGAAAUAGAAAUAUCCAUAGCUUACGAAAUCCAUAAAAUGUCAGUAUUAUGCCGUUGAACAUGGACAGUCUUUUAAAACAAGUAAAAUAAAAGCCCUGUGAUAUCAUCAUUGACACUGUAAUGAAAGGCCAAUCUCAUUUAGGUGUGUUAUUAGAAAUGAAUAUAUUAAUGGAGUUCAGCCCUUUUACGUUAAAAUCCCUAACGUUGGAGAUGGGCAUUAAACGGUUUGAGGUCAGGUGAGGUGGGGCGGGGGUGGAGAGCUUCAAGAUGCCUAGAUGCUCUACCAAGUAAAGUAAAUUAGGCUGUUUUACAUUUUCAUAAAACAUUAACUAAGAAUACUGCCGCCAGAAGAGGUUGAAGAUAUUUUUUUCUUGUCCUAAUAGAAGAAAAUAAAGGCAAUAAAAAUUUAGCGGAAAUAGUUUGGUUGUCUAAGUGAAAAUCAAGUGUUUUUUUUAGGCUUUGGGUAAAAAACGUUGUUGCAGGUCAGGUUCCCUGGGGAAGCGGAGAUGGAGGUUAGGGUGCAGAAAGUUUAAAUGGGACUGCUUUCAAGAUCAUCUCUGGAGUAAAAUUAGCAGGUCUGGGAAAGAGGGGGAAGUUGGGCUGGAAUUCAGUCAGGAAGUCCUCAGUGAAUUCAGCUGGGAUGGCCCUGCAGUUGGGCCAUAUUAAGGCAAGGGGGUGGGACUUUAUAUCCCUUGUUAGGUUAGUCAUUGGAUCCAAGGGACAUAACCUUGGGGCGAAGACUAUACCUGCAGAGGGACUCAGCCAUCGGCCACUAGCCACCAUUCCCAGAAUCCCAGGAAAUGAGUGCUUCAGAGGUGGGAGGAUGAGGGUGGGGUGGGAGCUGGGGAGAGAAUAUAUCUGGAGAGCAUGCCUGUGUUCACUAUAAAUGUCAAGUCAACAACGUUGCGACAUUUUUCACUUAUGUUAAAAGUAUUAAUUUAUCCCAUAAACGUGCAUUUUAAGUGUGCUCAUUUUAGCAACCUAGGAUAGAAACCUAGUCUAACCCUAACGUACUAAGCCUCAGUUCUCACAUUGCUACUUAUUUGAACUUUUAUACAGUUAAGUUAUCCAGUGGGUAGCAGUAACUUUUUCUCCAAUUAAAAUCAAAUACUGUUGCCAAGGUGCUAUGUUAAAAUAUAUGUGUGACAUCAGGUUCUGAGAACUACUGCUGUAAAAUAUGCUGUUUUCUAAGUAACUUACCUCUUAAGGGUAUCUUUAGUUCAUGAAAGAAUUAUCUGAAGCCCUCGUACCACCUUCAGGUAGUUUCUAGGAGAACAUUUUUUCUUUCAUACAAAAGGAUAAGAAUUCCAGUAGAUCAAAAUACUUUAUCUAAAUGGACUGAACCCUAGAUUGAAAACUUUCAGGGCAGAAUUAACAACAUUGUCUGGGAUGUUUUAUCUUACCAAAUACAAUUUAUGCUCCUAAGGGACAAGGACUGUACCUUAUAUUUUAUAUUUCAAGUGUUAACACGGAGCCCUUUUCAUAAAGGGAGUUCAAUAAACAUUUACUCAUGAAAACCCUUCCUUUACAGAUAAGUUAUUUUAUUAAAUCACUUAUUAAAACA